UUUAUCGUGGGUGAUAGAGGUUGUGUAGAUCGCAAUUGUUGAGAAAAUCUUACGUGAAAGUAAAGUUAAAGUGACAAUUUUCAUUUGAAAAUGCAUUCAAUGAAUGAUCCAGCAUCUGUUCUAUCUGGUAUGAUGUCCUUCGACUCAAUCAGUUUAUACGAGCAGCCUAAGCCUAGAUUCAUCUUCAAAAUGCCUCGGGUGGUGCCUGACCAGAAAUCAAAAUUCGAGUCGGAUGAGCUCUUCAGGCGCCUGAGUAGGGAAAGCGAGGUGCGCUACACGGGUUACAGAGAUCGACCACAGGAGGAACGGGUGGUCCGAUUCCAAAAUGCCUGUAGGGAAGGUCACACCGAGAUAGCGUUUGCUGCGACAGGCACCAACCUCCAGUUAGUAUUCGCAGCACCCACAAAUGGUUAUAUGCCCGACAAGGAAUGUGAUUUCGACAAGGAACCCGGAAAGGUCCACAUAAAAGCGGGCUUCAUAAUGAACGGUGUCUGCGUGAGGUGGCGUGGCUGGAUCGAUGUAGAGCGUCUCGACGGCGUAGGCUGUCUGGAAUACAACGAAGAGAGGGCUGCACAAGAAGACGCCUUGCUUCGCGAGCAAAUCGAGCGCUACAACCAGAGGCUCAGGGAGUUCGAGGACAAGCAGCGGGGGUAUAGACAGGAGCGGCAGGACCACCAGGAUCUGGAGCUAAGGAUGUCAAACAAUCUUCACGGUCACCACGGCCAUCAUGGCGUUUCCUCCCGUUGCCACGGACCACCAAGGGGCGAAAGAAGAAUGACUUAACGCUCUGGAGAUGCAAUAGGAAGGAUAUAUGAUAGAAGUGACUAUUAGGUGUGAUAAAUCGUACUACGGAAGGGAUUAUUUUAUUCUACAAUAUAAGCAAACGUAUUCAACAUAUUUAGAGCUGAAAACCAAAUAAAAAUCGUUGAGAGUUUUCGUAGAGAAAGGCUGUAGGAAGAAUAUUGAGACUUGUCGAUUCAAAUUUUUUGUUUCUAUUAAUUAUUUGAUUUACUAUCUCUUAACAUUUAAUUGGAACAAUACAUGUGGUUCAAGAUCCAGAAUUCUGAUCACCCUGUGUACCUGUUCCGAAUAUCAAAUGUCAGUUGAUAAUAUUAAGAUAAUAAGAUAAUAAUGAAUCAAAAGUUAGGAUAGGGACAUGAAAGCCAUUUCGACCAAUAAUGAAAUGGUUCGACACAAAAAAUUUUCGAAAUAUUUCAUCAGGGUCGUUCCAUUAUAACGUCCAUUGAUCAUCAACUUCUGCUUUUCGAAUAUUCUUUAUUUAUAUACAUAUUCUUUAAUUUGCAAUUGAUGAAUGCCAGGUUUCCCACCAAAUUUUCAACAAAUCUCAAUAUACUAGAGAAAUACCUACUCUUUCAUUCAAGUUUCAUUCGAUGAGAGUGGCAACAGGAAAAUUAAUUGUAUGUUCGUACAUGUCAAAUUAUCCUUUUUGUCAUAAUCAUUGAGGAUAAUGAAAUAGUAUUUCGUCCGAUUUCGACAAAACAUUUUUAAAUUUUCUUUGGCAAUGAGUAGAUAUGAUAAUGGUGAUUUUUUUCUGACACUGAUCAAACUGGAAAUUUUUACAUCAGUAGUUGGUUCCAGGAAAUAAAUCGAGCUAUUAAAAUUAUGAAGGCUGUAUUGUUGUAAUUGAUA